GUAAGCGUAUAAACAACACGUAUAUUCUAGGGGUUCUGUAUUCAAACAUCUUUUAAAUCACCACCACAGUAUUUUUUUUAGCUGACGUAAAAACGCUUUUCGUGCCGUUUUUCUACCAAACACGUGACUGACUGAGACCGAGGGAGACGGUGACGUUGGGCGUAAACAAACAGGAAACGAGCGGACGAGACGGACAGCGGCUGCAGACUGAACCAGGACCGCAUGAAACCGGAUCAUCUAGUCGAUGUGAUCGAUUCGGACGAUGGUGAUCCGGUGAUCGGGUCAGGCGGUACCGUAAGAGCCGAGCGGUGGGGCGGAGGAGAGAUGCGUUGCCUGGUAACAGAAACAGGACCUCGGGGGAAAACAGGCCAGCAUCACUGUUAAUAAGCGUCUUCAGCCUCAACGGUGUUUCUCGCGGCCGUUCGUCCAGUGAGGCCUGUGCUUCAGGAUGUGCUGGUAGUCACUGCUCUGGGUGAAGCUGCCAUCAUGCCAUGCACCUGUGCAGAGUGGAGGCGGUGGAUCCGCCCUCUGGUUCUGCUCCUCUACGCUCUUCUGCUGGUGGCCGUGGUGCCGCUGUGCAUCUGGGAGCUGCAGAAAGACAAGGUUGGAACUCACAGCAAAGCCUGGUUCAUCGCCGGUGUUUUCGUCUUUCUGACGAUUCCAGUUUCACUGUGGGGGAUCCUGCAGCAUAUGGUGCACUACACCCAGCCGGAGCUGCAGAAACCAAUCAUCAGAAUUCUAUGGAUGGUGCCGAUUUACAGCUUGGACAGUUGGCUGGCUCUGCGCUACCCCAGCCUGGCCAUCUACGUGGACACCUGCCGCGAGUGCUACGAGGCCUACGUCAUCUACAACUUCCUGGUGUUCCUGCUGAACUUCCUCAGUAACCAGUACCCCAGCCUGGUGCUGAUGUUGGAGGUGCAGCAGCAGCAGCCCCACCUCCCCCCGCUGUGCUGCUGCCCCCCGUGGCCCAUGGGAGAGGUGCUGCUGUUCAGGUGUAAGCUGGGCGUUCUCCAGUACACCGUGGUCAGGCCCGUGACCACGGUUAUAGCAUUGAUCUGCCAGCUCUGUGGCGUCUACGAUGAGGCCAACUUCAGCUUCAGGAAUGCCUGGUCCUACCUGGUCAUAGUCAACAACAUAUCUCAGCUGUUUGCCAUGUACUGUCUGGUGUUGCUGUACCGAGCUCUGAAAGAGGAACUGACUCCCAUUAGGCCUGUGGGCAAGUUCCUGUGUGUCAAACUGGUGGUGUUUGUCUCCUUCUGGCAGGCUGUUCUCAUCGCAUUCCUGGUGAAGGUUGGUGUGAUCUCUGACAAACACACCUGGGACUGGGACAGUGUGGAGGCUGUGGCUACUGGCCUGCAGGACUUCAUCAUCUGCAUAGAGAUGUUUCUGGCUGCGAUUGCUCAUCAUUACACUUUUACCUAUAAGCCCUACGUGCAGGAAGCAGAGGAGGGUUCAUGUUUCGACAGCUUUUUGGCCAUGUGGGAUUUCUCGGAUAUUAGAGCUGACGUCACGGAGCAGGUCCGCCACGCUGGCCGUACCUUCCUGGGACGUCCCAACAAGAUGUACUUCGGGGCGUCAUCUCGACCUGAACACACGGAGCACACUGGACUCCUGACGGCAACCUCUCAGGACACGAUGGCGGCGGCAGCUACGUCGAUGCCCGCGUCCCCUUCAUCCACUGGACGAUACCAAGGCCUCGGACACACGCCUGCCCCUCAUUCCAUCUCUGCUCCUGCAGGAUUCACCUCCUCUUCCUGAGAGGACGACAGCGACAACUCACCUCCUCAGACGGGUGACGCCAAAUAACAGUGAGGACCCAGCCGGGACCGCCCUGUUCAGUAUAGGUGAAGAAGCCUAGUGUAAUAAAGCCAGAAUAACGAUAUAGACUAAGUAAUUCAUAGGUGGAUUUUACUUGACUAAGCAAAGGAAGCUGGAGCGAUCUUAACUCUGAUAUGUCAAAGCCAUGUUUGUGGAAGAGCUUUGGUGUCAUACUGUAUAGACUGUUUCCCUGCUUCUUAAAUGUUGGAAACCUGUAUGUAUGUGAAACAAUGUCAUUUUAUAAAUGUACUUGUUGAAAUAUGUUUAAAGAAAAGCAUAAUAAACAAAGGAGAAGCAGGCUGUUGUCUGCCUUCACACUCCUACAGCCUGCUCUUAAUGUA